AUGCCGGCACUCACAAAAGCACAACAAAAGCAGAUUCAGGCUGCAGAAGAGUCAUUCAAUCGGACCUAUGCAAACCAGUAUAGCGAUGAGAGGUGGCAGAACUCGCUGCGCCCGGCCCUGCUAGCGCCAACGCGCUAUGCGGUGCUCAUCAAUCGCUAUGAGGCAGACGGCAUACCCAGCACUUUUACCGAAAACGACACCAGAGAUUUACAGCGCGUCAGCUUUCCGUUGGAUCUAGGUUCAGCCGCCUCGGAACACUCUGAAGUAGUGUCCAGCGGAGAUGACCAGACACGACUGAUUGCCUACCAGAGGGCAUCCACAGCAGAGACGGCCGAGUCGUCAAUCUCGGAGGCGCCGUUUCCACCACCACAUUCGGUGUCGGGCUCAAGUCCUCACUUGAUGACGCACUGGAAUUUGGACGCCGCUUCACUGCUAGCUGUCAGCAUUCUCAAUCCGACGCCGGGCGACAAAGUGCUCGAUCUCUGCGCGGCGCCCGGCGGCAAGAGUCUGUCUCUCGCGCAGCUGCUGCGGCCAGCCAACUUUGACCCGGCCGCGCCCUCGCUCGGCGGUGGCUGUCUACACAGCAACGAGAUUGACAAUGCACGAAACAAACGUCUUGCCGCCAAUUUGCAGUCAUAUUUGCCCGCCUCCUUUUUCAAGUCGGGUGAGGUCAAGGUGCUCAAACUUGACGGCACGGAGCAAAAUGCCGCCCAGUCGUUGCCGCUGGGCCUAGGUGGCUACGACAAGGUGCUCUUGGACGCGCCCUGUUCAAGCGAGAGACACGUUCUGCAUGCCCACCACAAGGCCAGACAGGGCGGCCGAGUAGCCGACGAAAUGGCGUCGUGGCGGUCCGGGCAGUCCAAGAAGACGGCCAAGAUACAAGCCGCCAUCCUGAUGACGGCGCUGCGGGCCGUCAAGGUUGGCGGCACCGUCCUCUACGCCACGUGUUCUCUGAGCAGCGACGAAAACGACGAUGUGAUUGAAAAGGCAAAGGAACUAGUCGCCAAGGAGAAGAAAAAGUACGCCAUUAGGUGGGACAUGUCCGUACGCAGCGGUGACCUGAUGAGCAAAGGCGUCGAACAAUGGGCAGAGAGCACGAAAAAUGGAUGGAUUGCGCUGCCUGAUCACCCGAGCGGAGGGAGAUGGGGCCCGCUGUUCUUCGCUGUAUUGCAAAAAGUGGCCGUGUAA